AUGAAACUCGUUAAAUGUUUUUUUAUAGGAGAUGGCACUGUUGGGAAAACUUCAAUAAUUUUGAGGUAUUCACUCGGAGUGUUUAAAAAUUAUUAUUUACCAACUGUAUUGGAAACGACAUGUUUUAAUGUCUUUGUUAAAAAUGAAAAAAUAGAACUUUGGGUGUGUGAUGUUAUAGAACAAGACGAUUACAUGAAUAGACUACCAAUGUUAUAUAAUGGAAUUGAUCUCUUUGUGGUGUGCUAUUCGGUGGUUGAUGUCAAUUCUUUUGAACAUGUAGUAACUAAGUGGAAAUCGAAUAUCGAAUACUAUUCACCUAACACACCCUUAAUGCUUCUCGGUACUAAAAUUGAUUUAAGAGAAGAGAAUAAAAAGGUUGUGAAACCAAUACAAAAUAAAGUGAACUGGAUAUCUACGGAACAAGGAAUUAAUAAAGCAAAAGAAAUAAAAGCAGUGUUAUUUAUGGAAUGUUCAUCAUUGACAGGAUUUAAUAUAACAACUUUAUUUCAAAAUAUUGCAAAAGUGGCAAAACCUCAAACAGUCUUUUCAAAAACAAAUGGAUAUUGUUUCAUCUUUUAA